AUGGCUAGCCAACAGCAAGUGGAUCCCAAGAAGCAGCAGGAGCUGCAGCUCCAGUACGGAAACUUCAAGAACACCCUUCAACAACUCGCGCAGAAGAUUGGCGAUAUUGAACAGGAGGCUGAGGAACACAAGCUCGUUAUCGAGACAUUGGACCCUCUCACCGAUGACCGCAAAUGCUUCCGUAUGGUGAACGGAGUUUUGGUCGAGGGGACCGUGAAGGAUGUCCUCCCCACACUCAAGACAAACUCGGACGGAUUGAAGCAAGUACUGGAGGAGAUGCUGAAGCAGUACAAGUCCAAGCAGGCUGAGCUGGAUACCUGGAAGAAGAAGAACAACAUCCAGGUUGUGCAGCCCUGA